GAGGGCUCGCUCCCUCGGCGCUGGCUGAAGGGAGGAGAGUUGCCGCGGGAAGCGCGUCCGUCGGUUCUCCCGCACCGCCGACAUGAGUGUAGCCGCUCUGGUCCCUCCUGCGCUCCCGCCCGGACCGCCGCCGCCACCACCGCCGCCGCCUCCUCCUCCCACCACGUUGCCCCCGGGAUCAGGCCCUGCCGCCGCCGCGGCCCUUGCAGCCGCCGCGGCCGUCGCGGCCGCGGAGAGCUAUGAAGAGGAGGAGCUGGACAGUCCCGCCGACGAGGAGGAUGGAGAGCGCAGCGGCCGCGCGCGGGACUCUGACGAGGAUACCGAGGAUGCUAGUGAAACAGAUCUGGCCAAACAUGAUGAAGAGGAUUAUGUAGAAAUGAAGGAACAGAUGUAUCAGGAUAAACUGGCUUCUCUUAAGAGGCAGCUACAGCAACUGCAAGAAGGUACUUUACAAGAGUAUCAGAAAAGAAUGAAAAAACUGGAUCAGCAAUAUAAGGAGAGGAUACGUAAUGCAGAACUCUUUCUUCAGCUGGAAACAGAGCAGGUAGAAAGGAACUAUAUCAAGGAGAAAAAGGCAGCCGUGAAGGAAUUUGAAGAUAAGAAGAUUGAGCUGAAGGAAAACUUGAUCGCUGAAUUGGAAGAGAAGAAGAAAAUGAUAGAGAGUGAAAAGCUAACCAUGGAGCUAACGGGCGAUUCCAUGGAGGUGAAACCUAUCAUGACAAGAAAGUUGAGGAGGAGGCCAAAUGACCCGGUCCCCAUUCCAGACAAAAGGAGGAAGCCAGCCCCUGCUCAGCUUAAUUACCUUCUAACAGAUGAACAGAUAAUGGAGGACCUGCGGACACUCAACAAGCUUAAAUCUCCUAAAAGACCAGCAGAUAAAGUUCACUCCUCUGUUCCAGCGUCUCCUUCAUCACCAGAGCACCUGCCAGCUACGCCCGCCGAAUCCCCAGUGCAGCGAUUUGAAGCUAGGAUAGAAGACGGCAAACUUUACUACGAUAAAAGAUGGUAUCACAAGAGCCAGGCUAUUUAUCUGGAAUCGAAAGAGAACACCAAAAUCAGCUGCGUGAUCAGUUCUGUGGGAGCCAAUGAGAUCUGGGUGAGGAAAACCAGCGACAGCACAAAAAUGAGGAUCUAUCUCGGCCAGCUACAGCGAGGGGCGUUUGUGAUCCGCCGGCGGUCGGCUGCGUGACUCUCUGCACUAACGCUUCUGUGACAUGUUAUAGACAAUCAGUUCUUAUGGAGAUUCGCAGUUGCUCUUCCCGGAUUUUGUCAGAAGACGUUCAUUCUCUUACCCCCAACCCCACUCCCUUGGAAGCAGUCUGUUCGCUGCCAUGUUAUUCCAGCCGCCGGUGUCUCUCGUGAGCCCAGGCUGUGUCCUGGAGUUUGGCCAGGGACACUAGUUUAGUUUAGCGUUUUUUUCUUUGUAACCUGAGACUGUUUAAGGAGAAUGUAUGCCAAUGUUUUUAAACUUUGCAUUCUGACAUCCUGUAAAGAGUACGCACGGUACCUUCGAAUUGAGCAAUGGCAGCUCGGUGGUGAAAAGGCCUCGAGGAAACUUACCAGCGAUCUACGAAGAUGCAAGGCACUGAAAGAAGAGGAAACAAAUCCUCUUGCAGUGCCUGUUGCUAUUUAGCCUACAAAACAUUACCCCUGCAGGGUUACAGGGAAAAGGUGUUAGUUUUCCAAAAUCCUGAAAGUACAUUUUCCCCCCUGGUUCAAGUGUAGUUAAAGGAGUCUGACUUGGUUACUCCGAAGCUACUUGAAGAACUCUGUUUUCGUUUUGAUGUUUCCUGCGGCUGGCGAAUCCAAGGAAAGACUGAACUCGGGGGGGUUCAGGGAAGGAGGCUGCAUAAGGGGAGAUUCACAAAUGGGGGUGCCUGUUGCACGCUGCGCCAUGCGGUGAUCACGACAGUUCGCCUUCCUUGACCAGUGGGGUGGUCUUGUUGGAGGAGGGGUUUCUGCAGAAUGUCACAUGCCGCUGCCAGGCCUUGGCUUUGUAUGUGAGCAUACUUUAAAAAGUGUCACGAAUGGUGUGAUGGCGCCAGAUGGAGGUGCUUCGUGCUUCUUCCAAGAGUGCUGUGCUUUUGUGUGACCUGAUGGUGGCAGUGAAGUUGCUUCCAAAACACUCCUUUAUCUCUGGCAUCUACUGUGGUAUUUGCUUUAUUCUCAAGCUCCCCUGUUGGCUGGCAGUCUUGUAUGCCAAUCUGGCCAGUGCAGACCGCAAGAGGACGGGGCUCUGCUGCAUCUCUUUCAAGCAUGCCCUUCAACAACAUUGGUUAUCUCACGGAACCCAGACCUCUUGCUUCUGAAGCAUUCUGGCUUCCUUUUAUUUUGGAAUGUGUCCGGCUUCUUCUCUGUUUUUUUCCUGGCAGUUUUGUGUUUCAAGUCAGGCAGCGAUCAAAACCACUUUAGGACUUUGGGAUGGACAUUUAGGAAGUUGGUGGCUCUGGGGCACCUCUUGCUCAAGCAGUGGUCAGUAGCUCACUUGGAGAUUCUGCUACUGCCUUCCCGUGAGGUCUUUCCCACCAAAUUGAGGCGUGUCAGACAUGAAAACUGAACAGCGAACCGUCCUCUUGUUGGUUUUUUUUAUUUUUAUGCAUUCGCUUUAGAUCACUCGUCUAGCAAGUUGCUGAUUGGAGGCAGUUUUCCUUGACACACCCUUGAGCUGGGGAGGCUUAUAUUAUUUCCUCAGGAGCUGUGAACAAACCAGAUGGUUGGUGUUCCUUUGGCUCAGCUGAGCUAUGGGGUGUGCUGAUAGUUUUGCGUUAAAGGCAACCUGAUCAUAAGCACAUACACCUGCUGCCCUUUAGGUCAUCUGUCUGGUAGUACGUGCGUUGUGCAUCUCUGCUGUGUAGUGCCUGACUUCAGAAAGCAGAGGGUACGAACAAAGUCACCAUUUGAAGAAACCAGGCUCUGCUAGAGAGUAAGUGCUAACACCAGGAGAGCUAGAGAAGGCUCCUGUAGUGAUCUCCUCCAAUAGGUGUUGCUGUGCUCCCUGUUGAUCUUGUGGCUGCUGCUUUGCAGUCUGCUGUAUAAAGUAGAUGGUAGAGAUGCAGGAGCCCUUUCUUGCCUGGAAACGAGCCCUUUCUGCGGGCUGAAUAUCACCCCUGUCUAUCUCCAAAGAAUUAAAAGCACAGCUGGAUGAAACGCUGCCAAAUGUUUGCUGCAAAUCUGAAAGUUUUUUUUAAAGGAUUUAUUACCUUUCUGUUUCUUUUAUGGUCAAGGAGCAGCCUUAGCCGGCAAACAUUUUUGAGAGUGGCUGCAUAGUCUUGCCUCCUUGGGAAAAGGGUAGGGGGGUUUUUUGCAGUGAGAUGGUUCUUUAUAAUAAAGGCCUUGGGAGAGAUGGGCAGCCUUCGCGGAGCCUGGAAAAUCUGGCCUUGGUUUCUGUAAAACUGGGGCGUGAAAUAAGCUGGAUUCAACUUCAGAGCGUUUGCUGCCCCCAGCUUCAUUGAGGCAUCAUUGGUGCAAAGGAAAGUCUCGAGUUUUGCACCUAGAUAGGUCAGAUUUCUGCGUGCCGAAACGGUUCAAAUCAAUAAAGUUUAGAGAUUUGCAGAAGGA